AUGUUGCCCGCGGCCAGGCCGGCGCUGCGGGUAACGACGCAAUACGAUGAUGACAGCACUCCGAAUCAGCUGCGACUGGAGGAUCUGGAGCGCGAGCAGGAAGCUCAUGCGACGCAACUGGAUUUGAACCGCCCGCCCACACUGCCCACACACUACGAAUGGCGGCCGAGUGCCGCGCCCAGUGUGCCACCCAGCUAUGUGCAGGAUGCGGCGCGGCUGGAGCGUGUGCGGCAACUGCAGUUGCAGCACCAACAGCUGAGUGGCGGCUAUCAGUUACAGCUGUCGGACGCGUAUUUGUUGUUAUCGCCGUUUGGCGCUACAAGUGGCAUCACACGACCCGCGCCCACACCGCCCACCUCCACUACGCUGCUGAAGCCCAUUGUGCCCUAUGAGGUUACUGGCGCCCAUUACCUGGGCAACAAUGGACUGGAAGAGCAUCCUACAGCACCUUCGGCAGCACCGCCACCCUCUGUGGCGCCACCGCGCCAACUGUUUGUGCAGUCCAAACAGUUCGCCUAUGCGCCACCACACCAACGCAAUUAUGCGUCCGGUCCGCGCAUCCCACUGCCCUACCCGCCAUCUUUUAUUAGCAUCACCACCCGCAGACCCAACGCACAUGCGUCUAUUUAUGCUAAGCCGUUCCGCCCCUCACAGCCGGAUCCCACGCCGGAUUUGUUUGCUGAACGUGCGUCGAAGUCGCUGCUCGACUCCUACAUACCCAGUUGGGAGGUGGUGCGUCUUCUACAGCAGCACAGACUGGCCCGCAUCCCAGGUGUUCCAGGAGGCACCCAACAGCACACGCUCGCCUACCCGCUACGUCUCUUCAAACGCGACUCCCUGCAGCCACGACACAUCGUAAAGAAAUCACUAGCAGGGGCACAGUAA